UCUCUGUCUCUGCUUCUGCGGUAACUGUAAUCUAUAACAUAGAGCCCACUGCACUCGAAGUCGCUCGAUAGCUUUCUACCUAGACCAAGCUCUGCGGAAAUGUGAAGACAUUUCAAGUCAAUCUGAUCAUUCGAUCUCAAACAUGGGCCAUUCUGACUACAAACGUGAUCCCGAAUCCCUUCGUGACACUGCGCCGAAACGCCCUUGGUGGACGCCCUUCUCGCUAUGCCUCACUUUCCUGUGCCUUUGUCUGCUCAGGGUCAUAAUAGUCCCUCACUGCUUCGGCCGAUGGUCUUUUAGCUGGGGCAUCCUACCUAGACUCGGAAAGAACAGUUCGCUCGCUCCCUUCUAUGCCUACUCCGAAGGCUCGGGUGAAUUCGACAAGCCCCAGGGCUUUGAUAUCGUUGCCUUGGUUCCGUUCCGCCAGUGGCAGCGCACCGAGAUUCUGGAUUGUUAUUUGCAAAACAAUCUCGUUUCCAACCAUGGUUUCGUUGAUCAAGUCGUGUUUCUGCCCCAAACGAACGAUACGAGGGGCCUGGAAUGGCUCGCAUCGAUAGUCGAGCAGAACCCAUUGUACACGCUCGCGCAGGGAGAGCCCGGUUCGCAACUGGAUCGAUUGAAGCAGGACACACUGUACAUUUGGAUCGAUGGCGACAUCGUGUUUCUAGAAGACCAUACGAUUUCGACGAUCGUCAAGACCAAGCUCGAACACUCCGGUCUGCCCUUGGUUUCGGCGAACGUCAUCAACGAAGCAGCCUUGGAGGCCCUCCACAGCCAUGCCAGCGUCGCCUUGCCUUAUCUCCCGGAGCUGAGCCCCACGCAGUCGUCAUCCGAGGCCGACAUGCACGAUUGGCGUGCCUCGCAUCUCCCGCCAUGGCAGGGGCCCAAUUAUUUUACCGUGAAGAAGGAAUUCGCUCCGCCCUUCACCAGCCACCGAUGGCUCCUUUCGGGCUACAGCAACUAUAGCCGCACUCCCAUCAGUAUGUCGAAGCACGCUCCGGAAGGGCCUAGUAUGCAUCACUGGACUGUCAACGCUCAGCAACAUUACUCUUUUCUGCACCACUUGGAGCUGAAUCAUCUCAAUCGGUACAAAUUCCCCACGUGGAGUGUGCCGUCAACAAACGUCAGCCUGAACUUCCUUUGCUUCUGGGGCAGUGUCGCAACGGGUUGGUUGCUCACGGAGUUCGAUGGCAUGACAUUUUUGCAAACCCUCGCAGACGACCAAAGGGGGGAAAAUAGUAUAAUUGAUGGGAAAGGAUUGGCUGUACACUAUUUAAGCAGCCAGGGUCCGGAGGGACUAGAUUCUACUGAUUUGCUCAAACGAUAUCAAUCGUUUGCAGAAGAGGCUAUCUGUAAAGGCAUAUAGGCUUUCUGUGGCCGGGAUUUAACUAGAGCAGCACCAUGGGUGUUCUAUUUAGGAAUUAUUGGUGGACUGAAAUGCACAUUUAGGAUCAGCGAUAGAUAUCGAAAAAUUUAAAUUUAAGCUUUGAUGUGGG